AUGGCUCGGUUUGUGGCGUUGUUGUGGGUCUUUGCCACCACAAAUUCGCACGUGACGGAGUGGACUUCGCCACGGGAUUUGGCAAUUCUGCCGCCACCCAACAAGGUGGCUCUUGCCGAUGGCAACUUCUUGGAGUUCUUCAGCGUCAUUCCCAGUUUUGGUGAAGAUGGAAAUUUCAUUGCUUUCUUGACGAUCUUGGACUUGGCUGAGAAAGAGACUUUUGACGUGUUUUUGGAGGAUAAACAUGGACGCAACAUUGGACAGGUUCGGACGAGAAGAAAACCUGACAUGGUGAAGCAGUAUCACUCAGUCGCCUGUGCCCGCGCGCAUCUCCAGGAGCGGUUGGGGCAACCGGACACCGUGGAGGCCUUGCCGAAGUACGCCCACAACGCCCACGUGGCCUACGACGCCUGGUGGCAUUGGCUCAAGGACUUCGACCCGAAAACCGUUCGAAACCACAUCAAUUUGAACGAAUCGGUCGGAAUUGUGAAUCACUACCGACUUCCGAUCCGAGAUUCACAGGCCCAGACGUUCGACGACAAGUUGGCCGCUGACGCGCCUUUGCUGAAACAAGCUAUUGAACGACGAUUUGGCCAGAAACUUCCAGCUUUACUCCAGCGAUUCAGUGAGGUCUCCCCAGAGCAGCUGGAUGACAUUGAUGCCGACAUCACCUACGGAGCCUUGAAAUCUCUCUUGGAGGUGAUUGAAAAGCCUUGUAGUGUCGAUGGGGAAGUGCUGACCGGUCCACUUGGAGCUUCGAUCCGAUUUCACACCGAUGCUGCAGCCUUUGCUUAUGUUUGUGAGGCGAAGCUGACGGCUGAAGCCCUUGCCCAGCUGGAGGACGAAGGGGCCGAGGCAGCAGAGGCACCAAAGAAGGUCAUCCCGAAAGCGGUUUCGCGUGCAUCCAGGAGACGAGGCCGGGGCAAGGAUGCCAAGGAGGAUGCAAAGGAUGGCAAAGACGGCAAAGAAACCAAGGAGAGUUGGCUGAUGGCUUUGGUUGGCCUCCUCACAUUGAAAUCCUCGGCCCUAGUGAAGGGGAAGAGGAAGGUGGUCAAGAAGGGGGUGAAGAGGCAAGGUCCACCUGGAGCACCAACAGGCUUCACCAUGAAGUGGGACUGUGAAGCUGAGGAAUCACUGACCCCACAAGGAGAGGAAUCCAAAUUUGAAGACUUGAGGCUCUACCACGUUGGCACACCACACAACGAGGUUGCGAUCAUUGUCAUUCCAGACAUAUGGGGUUGGCAAUCACCACGAGUGAGACUCCUUGCCGACUUCGCCGCGAAAGCAGUGAAUGGCUACGCAGUGGUUCCUCGAUUUCUGGACAAUCCACCCUACAAGGAUGGCCCACAUGAUGACGGCGUGCCAGAGGAUUUUCGCAUCGAGAAUCUGGAAAUGUGUUGGGCCGGUGGUAUCCUCAGCGGCCAAAGGGCUGCUACCCUGGCCCUAGCACCACACGGGAAAGGAGAGUUCUUUCAGGUCAACGAGGCACAGUUUCCCAGGCAGACAGAAUGUGACGACUUCAGAUGCAUGCCCUAUGGCUUUGUGUGCACCGCGGACAUGUCUCAGCCCACAGAGCGCGAGGAAGUCCUUCGAGCAUUCAAUCGAACAGCGGCUUUCCUUCGCAAGUUUCUGUGGCCCUUCCCGCUCGGUGGAGGCUAUGCCUACCUGAGGUAUCUUUCUGGCAAAGGGGACGUGGAAGCCAUGACGAACUUGCUGGAGCUGGGCGUGCCUGCUGGAGGGAGAGAUAGCCAAGAUGAGGUUGAGCAAGCUCCAGUGAUCUAUGCUGCCAGAGAGGGCUUUGGUGCAGCUUGCAGGGUGCUGGUGCAGUACCAGGCGGACGUGAAUGAAGUGGGUGGGAUUGCUCGCGAGACAGCCCUGCACGUGGCGGUUCAGCACAACAAGAUCAAAGUUGUGCAGACUCUCCUGAACCUUCAAGCAGAUCCACACCUGCAAGAUGCCGCUGGUCAGGCUCCAUUGCACCGCGCAGUCCGUGAUGGAACUGUCAGCUGUAUUCAGACUUUGCUGGCCGCAGCUGCUCUGGUGGACCCCAGGGACACUUGCGAGCAAACUCCGGUGCACAUCGCUUGCUUCUUUGGACGAGAAGAGGUCGUCUCAAAGCUCUUGGCAGCGAGGGCAGAUGCAACAACCCAAGGGUGA